AUGAGAUAAUAAAUUUAUUAACCCACAUAUGGAUUAGGAUUUUCAACUUAAUUUUAAUAAAUUUCAUAGCCAACAAUAAAGAUAGUUCCUUAACAUUCAUUCUAAAAUUAAAUUCAACCAAAUGUUUAACAACAAUUUUAACACUCGUUAUAAACUAGUUUUUCAUAGUAAUAGAAUAGAACUAUUAUUCCAAUAAAUGGCAAUGGAAGUGUGUGUCGUCCUGUUUGGGAUCAACCUACACGUUAAAGAUUUCAUACAUCUCAAUCUAACAUUACUCAUUAAAAUUAAAUGCAUCUUGCUGAUUUGUAAUAAAUUGAGGAACCUUGGAGACUAAAAGUAUAAGAAUUGCAAAAAAAGAUUAAAAUUCUAGAAGAAGAACAAUUAUUGAGAUAAUAAGAUGAGAACGUAGAGAGUGAAUUAUCCCAAGCCUAUAGUUAGAUCUAAUAGUUGGUUAAUACCAUAAAAAUAUUAUAAGAGGAAAUUUAAUAGUUGGAGGAGAAAGUAGACACUAAAUAAAGCAUAAUUGAUAGCUAUGAGAAACAAUUAGCUGAAAAAGAUAAAGAAAUAGAGAAUGCCAAUCAUUAUAUAUCUGAACUUCAUGCAUAAUUGGAGAACUAAACUACUAAUUUAGAAGAGAAAUAGAAAUAUUUAUUUGAUGAAGUAAACACCUGGAAGAGAAAGUUUAUAGAAUAAAAUAAGUAAGUUAUACUCAAUAGAUUUUAUAGGGAAUUUCAUGAAAAAUAGGAAGAAUUGAUGGCUUUAUAGGCUGAGCUAGAUAAUCUCAAAAAUUAAAAGAUCAUCAAUAAUAAAUCUAGUGAUUAUAAAUAAAUUAAGUGA